AUUAUGAUAGACAACAUCAUUGCAUUGUUAACUAUUCUAUUUUAUUUUUCCAGCCUAAAAUAAAAUAUUUUACAAUUAUUUUGAUAUUAUGAUAAAUCUAUUUCAAAGGCUAACACUGCAAAUACAAAACAGUAUUCUGUAAAACUGUAUACGCCUCAAAUUCUAUUAUUUAUCUUGUAUAAAUUGUAAGAUAUUAGAUCAAUUAUACAACAUAACAAUAAGAUACUUGAAAUUGAUUGCUCUACCCCUAUUGUAAAAUGAAUUAUGGCAACAAUAAAAAUGCCUGUAUUCACUGUUCAUUGUUCAGUUUAUCAUCAAUGUACAGUGAUGCACAGCAAGGCUUUUACAUUCCACUGUUGUUUACGUUGCAUUAUUUAAACAUUACACUUGGCGAAUUCAUUGGAAACUUAAAAAUUUCCUUUUAAAAACUAAAACGAAAUAGUUUUACUGGAAAACAUGGCAUCAAAUAAUCAAUUUGUAACAUUUAAUAAUGGUCAAGAGUAUCCAAUUUUAGGAUUUGGAACAUGGAAGUCGAAACCUGGAGAAGUUGAAGAAGCAGUGAAAGUUGCAAUAGAUACAGGCUACAGACAUUUUGAUUGUGCAAUGUUUUAUGGAAAUGAAAGAGAAAUAGGAGAUGCUAUUAAUCAGAAAAUUGAUGAAGGUGUAGUAGCUCGUGAAGAUAUGUUCAUUACUAGCAAAUUAUGGAAUAUUUUUCAUCAACCUGAUAUUGUAGAAACUGUGUUAAAAAAAACUUUAUCAGAUUUACAAGUUGAAUAUUUGGAUUUAUACUUGAUUCACUGGCCUAUGGCUUUCAAAGAGGGCGGAUUAAAUGAUGAUUUCAUUCCAAAAGACGAUGACGGUAACACAAUUGAAGGUAAUGGUUCAUAUAUUGAUACAUGGAAAGCAAUGGAAGAAUUGGUAGAAAAUGGCCUUACCAAAUCAAUAGGUGUAUCAAAUUUUAAUAGAAGACAAAUUCAAGAAAUAUUAGAUGUGGCUACCGUGAAACCUGUAAACAAUCAAGUUGAAUGCCAUCCUUAUUUAACCCAAAAGAAAUUAAAAGAAUUUUGUGACGAGCAUGACAUAAUAUUAACUGCAUAUAGUCCACUAGGAAGUCCAGAUAACCCAUGGAAAAAACCUGAAGACCCGACUCUUUUAGAAGAUCCAAAAAUUAUUGAAAUCGCUGAAAAAUAUAAUAAAACUUCGGCUCAGAUAUUAAUAAAAUACCAAAUUCAAAGAGGAAUUAUGGUUAUUCCGAAAUCCGUAACUAAGAGUCGUAUUGAAUCCAACUUUGAGGUAUGGGACUUUGAACUUGAACAAGAGGAUAUUGAUCAAAUUGAUACAUUCGAUUGCAACGGCCGUUUUGUGCACAUGAAAGGGAACAUGCAUUUUAAGGAUUAUCCAUUCAUUGAUGAAUAUUGAAUUAAAUAUACAUAGUUGAAAAGUGUUACUUUUUAGUUACUCUGCACUAUAAUAAAUAUGCACAUGAAUACAUUUUAUCACCAUAUAAAUAUAAAUAAUACUUUAUUAUAUUUAUCGAUCUCCUUUUAUAAA